AGACUAAUAUGUGGAGUCUGUGACAAUAACAGCCUCCUCUGCAGUUUUAUCAAAGAUAACAGGUGAAAUGAAAGAGCUGCUGUUCUCCUGAUGUUUGCGCUCUUUUCCUGUAAACACUCUGAAGCUGAAAGGCCUCGUUUGGACGAGGAUGUGGAAGACAAGGGUCAUAUUUGAUUCAUUUCAGUGAAGCUGCUGCUCAUGUCGAGGAAGAAGGUCAUAAAUAUGUGUGUGUUUCGGCUCUUAAAUGUGUCUCUGGUUUCUCUGCAGACAUGGCUUGGCUCCAUCAGAGCAGAGGCUCUCCCAGACUGGUGCUGGUGGUGGUGUGUGUGGCUCUGCUGCUCGAUAACAUGCUCCUCACCGUGGUUGUGCCGAUCAUCCCGACGUUCCUCUAUGCCAUGGAGCAUCCCAGUCCAGAACCACAGACCUCAGAGCUCCCUCUGCCGGGCCUGACUGGGUCGAAGCGCCCCUCCCCCACGCCACCGUCUGCACAGCCAGUACCGAGGCUGUCCCCCUCCUCCUUUUCUCCUCUGGUGUCUCUGUUUGAUAACUCCACCUUCAGCCUGCAGCAGGUCCAGCCUGAAGCUCUCAGAAACCCAAACCCAACCCCGUCUCAGCUCGUCAAUGAGACCGCCAACACCUCGGAGUCCUCUUGUCUUCAGGACAGCAUCUUUCUGGAGCAGGAGAACGUUCACGUGGGUUUGUUGUUCGCCUCCAAAGCUCUCAUCCAGCUGCUGGUCAACCCGUUUGUGGGUCCGCUCACCAACAGGAUCGGCUAUCACAUCCCCAUGUUUGCAGGCUUCAUCAUCAUGUUUGUGUCCACCAUCAUGUUUGCCUUCUCAGGGACCUACGCUCUGCUGUUCUUCGCUCGAUCUCUGCAGGGAAUCGGCUCGUCCUUCUCCUCGGUUGCAGGACUGGGCAUGCUCGCCAGCGUCUACACCGACGACGAGGAGAGGGGCAUCGCAAUGGGGAUCGCUUUGGGAGGCCUGGCCAUGGGAGUUCUGAUUGGAGCUCCGUUCGGGAGCGUGAUGUACGACUUUGUGGGAAAGAGCGCCCCCUUUCUGAUCCUGGCCUUUCUGGCUGUAUUUGAUGGCGCUUUGCAGUUGUGUAUCCUGCAGCCGUCGAAAAUCUCUCCUGGGAGUGUGGAGGGGACGCCAUUACUCACGCUGUUAAAGGAUCCAUACAUCCUGAUCAGUGCAGGCUCGCUGUGUUUCGCCAACAUGGGCGUGGCCAUUCUGGAGCCAACUCUGCCCAUCUGGAUGAUGCAGACCAUGUGCUCUCCAAAAUGGCAACUCGGUGUGGCGUUCCUCCCUGCCAGCAUCUCCUACCUGAUAGGAACAAACCUGUUUGGAGUUCUGGCCAAUAAGAUGGGGCGGUGGCUUUGCUCCAUGUUGGGGAUGGUCAUCGUCGGCAUCAGUCUGCUGUGUGUUCCUUUUGCCACCAGCAUCUAUGGUCUUAUUGGUCCAAAUGGAGGUCUGGGCUUUGCUAUAGGCAUGGUGGACUCCUCCAUGAUGGCCAUCAUGGGUUACCUGGUUGACAUCCGUCAUGCCUCUGUCUAUGGGACUGUGUACGCCAUUGCUGAUGUGGCGCUCUGCAUGGGCUUUGCUAUUGGACCAUCCACGGGGGGCGCUCUGGUCCAGGCAGUGGGCUUUCCAUGUCUCAUGGUGUUUAUCGGAGUAAUCAACAUUCUGUAUGCGCCACUGUGCCUCCUGCUGCGUAACCCUGCUGUCCGAGAGGAGAAACUGGCUAUCAUUGAUCAGGAGUGUGUGAUGCACAGGAAAAGCUACAACACUCACAAAGAGAGCCGCGAGUUUCCUCUGAGUGACUACAGUGAGGAGGACGAGGAGGAGGAGACGGAGGAGUGAAAUCCUCACAGACGAGAUCGAUGUAAACUAAGCAUCACCGUUAUAUAGCUGUGGGAGGUUUCACUCUGCAGGUUUACACAAUAACUAAUGUGAAUGCAUAAGUGUUAACUCAUUUUAACUGUCAAACGAGGGACUGCUUGACAGCCUUUGAAGCCACACCCCUUUUCUAACUCCAACCAAAACAGUGUAAGGCUGUAUGUUGGUGUCAUUGCACCUCUGAAAUGGUCGUUCAAAUUUGAUCCUUUAGGCAACAUGAAAAUGCUUUUAUCACUGAAUUUAGUGUCUAAAUGAAAAAGUUAAAAAUGAGAAACUGCUGCAAAAGAGUUCAGUUCUAUGAUGUAAAUGUACAUUUUCUUCAUGUGACCCUGAGACGACCUCUCUAUCAUUCAUAUGUGUGUAACUAACCACACAAAAAAAGCAUUUUAAGAAGUCUGACAUUGAUUGUUGGAGUUUAAAUCAUCAGGAUUGUUUAAUCCAAAGAUGUGUUUGUGUUUGUUUGUUUGUUGACUUUGUAGUCUGGAUCCAGAGUGUUAGGAUGUGAACCUGUACUAGAUUCUGUGUCACCAAUAAAGCCUCCUGUCAGCUGGA